UUCAAACCACUAGCUUUCACCUAUUUGUCACCAAGAAGUUUUUAAUCAUUUAAAAUAUAAUGAAAUUUAGUAUGAUCUCUUAUUCUUUUAUAUACUUUAUUAAAUACAGGUCAAAAUAACUGAUUCCUUUUUGCAUUAAAUAUAUCCGUUAUACUAAAUGAUGAUGGGACAUUAAAACAUUCUGUUUUCACAAAAGUAAUUUGAAACAUUAAACAGACACAUUUCAUUUAGUGAAUUUUCUCUGGACUUUAACCCUAUAAAAACAAACACAGUAACUGAUUUAUUUUUAAUGAAGCUCCUCCCACAGCAGUCACAUCAUCAGUGAAGCUCCUCCCACAGCCAUUCUCCAAUAAAUGCAGGAAUAUUCCCAUCAGAAGAGCACUGAAGCAUCAAGAAGAGCUGAAAACUGCAAAAAACAUGAGUGAUCCAGAACCCUGCAGAAUGAAACACACUGAAGAUACUGAAGAACAAAGAGAGCUGAUGGAAGUGAAGGAGGAGAGUGAAGAACUGAAUGAAGUGGAGGAGGAACAUCAUGACAAACCUGGAGAAAAACCUUUGAGUCGCUCAAAGACUAAAAAGACUUUUUUAAAGAAAAGAGUCAAGAAAUCUACAACCUGCACUCAGUGUGGAAAGAGUUUCUCAACCAAACAAAGUCUUGAUGUUCACAUGAGAGUUCAUACAGGAGAGAAGCCGUUCACAUGUGAUCAAUGUGGAAAGAGCUACAGUCAAUCAUCAAGUCUUAAAGCACACAUGAGGAUCCACACUGGAGAGAGACUGUUCACAUGUGAUCAAUGUGGGAAGAGCUUCACACAAAAAGGACAUCUUAAGAAUCACAUGAGAGUUCACACAGGAGAGAAGCCGUUCACAUGUGAUCAGUGUGGGAAGAGUUUCACACGAAAAGGACAUCUUAAGGAACAUAUGAAAGUUCACACUGGAGAGAAGCCACACACAUGUGAUCAAUGUGACAAAACAUUUCUAGGGUCAUCAGACCUGAAGAGACACCUGAGAGUUCAUACAAAGGAGAAGCCACAUUCAUGUUCUGUGUGUGGAAAGAGUUUUUCACUGCUGUGUAGUUUACAAGAACAUGAGAAAAUUCAUACUGGUGUGAGAGAGUACAUGUGCUUUGAGUGUGAGAAGACUUUUACUAAAGCAAACAAUUUAAAAGUGCACCAGAGAAUUCACACUGGAGAAAAACCUUACAAGUGUUCACACUGUGACAAGAGAUUCAAUCAGUCAUCAUCUCUGAAAACACAUGAGAGGAUCCACACUGGAGAAAAACCUUACAAGUGUUCA